AUGGAAAGCAGGAGAAUGGGGCGGGGUGAUGGAAAGCGGGAGAAUGGGAAGGGGUGUUGGAAAGCGGGAGAAUGGGGCAUCACCCCGCCCAAUUCUCCCGCUUUCCAUCACCCCGCCCCAUUCUCCCGCUUUCCAUCACCCCGCCCCAUUCUCCCUCUUUCCAUCACCCCGUUCCAUUCUCCCUCCUUCCAUCACCCCGCCCCAUUCUCCGCUUCCCAUAACCCCAGCCCCAUCUCCCGCUUUCCAUCACCCCGCCACAUUCUCCCACUUUCCAUCACCCCGCCCCAUUCUCCCUCCUUCCAUCACCCCGCCCCAUUCUCCCUCCUUCCAUCACCCCGCCCCAUUCUCCCGCUUUCCAUCUCCCCGCCCCAUUCUCCCGCUUUCCAUCACCCUGCCCCAUUUUCCCGUUUUCCAUCACCCCGCCCCAUUCUCCUGCUUUCCAUCACCCCGCCCCAUUCUCCUGCUUUCCACCACCCCGCCCCAUUCUCCCGCUUUCCAUCACCCCGCCCCAUUCUCCCGCUUUCCAUCACCCCGCCCCAUUCUCCCGCUUUCCAUCACCCCACCCCAUCCUCCCACCUUCUAUCACCCCGCCCCAUUCUCCCUCCUUCCAUCACCCCGCCCCAUUCUCCCGCUUUCCAUCACCCCGCCCCGUUCUCCCGCUUUCCAUCACCCCGCCCAAUUCUCCCGCUUUCCAUCACCCCGCCCCAUUCUCUCGCUUUCCAUCACCCCGCCCCAUUCUCCCUCUUUCCAUCACCCCGCCCCAUUCUCCCUCCUUCCAUCACCUCGCCCCAUUCUCCGCUUCCAAUAACCCCAGCCCCAUCUCCCGCUUUCCAUCACCCCGCCACUUUCUCCCACUUCACCCCGCCCCAUUCUCCCUCCUUCCAUCACCCCGCCCCAUUCUCCCUCCUUCCAUCACCCCGCCCCAUUCUCCCGCUUUCCAUCACCCCACCCCAUUCUCCCUCCUUCCAUCACCCCGCCCAAUUCUCCCUCCUCCCAUCACCCGACCCCAUUCUCCCGCUUUCCAUCACCCUGCCCCAUUCUCCCGCUUCCCAUAACCCUACCCCAUUCUCCCGCUUUCCAUCACCCCGCCACAUUCUCCCACUUUCCAUCACCCCGCCCACUUCUCUCUCCUUCCAUCACCCUGCCCCCUUCUCCCGCUUUCCAUCACCCCGCCCCAUUUUCCCGUUUUCCAUCACCCCGCCCCAUUCUCCUGCUUUCCAUCACCCCGCCCCAUUCUCCCGCUUUCCACCACCCCGACUCAUUCUCCCGCUUUCCAUCACCCCGCCCCAUUCUCCCGCUUUCCAUCACCCCACCCCAUCCUCCCACCUUCUAUCACCCCGCCCCAUUCUCCCUCCUUCCAUCACCCCGCCCCAUUCUCUCGCUUUCCAUCACCCCGCCCCAUUCUCCCGCUUUCCAUCACCCCGCCCCAUUCCCCUGCUUUCCAUCACCCUGCCCCAUUCUCCCGCUUUCCAUCACCCCGCCCCGUUCUCCCGCUUUCCAUCACCCCGCCCAAUUCUCCCGCUUUCCAUCACCCCGCCCCAUUCUCCCGCUUUCCAUCACCCCGCCCCAUUCUCCCUCUUUCCAUCACCCCGCCCCAUUCUCCCUCCUUCCAUCACCCCGCCACAUUCUCCCACUUUCCAUCACCCCGCCCCAUUCUCCCUCCUUCCAUCACCCCGCCCCAUUCUCCCUCCUUCCAUCACCCCGCCCCAUUCUCCCGCUUUCCAUCAGCCCGCCCCAUUCUCCCACUUUCCAUCACCCUGCCCCAUUCUCCUGCUUUCCAUCACCCCGCCCCAUUCUCCCGCUUUCAUCAACCUGCCCCCUUCUCCCGCUUUGCAUCACCCCGCCCCAUUCUCCCGCAUUCCAUCACCCCGCCCCAUUUUCCCGUUUUCCAUCACCUCGCCCCAUUCUUCUUGCUUCCAUCACCCCGCCCCAAUCUCCCUCCUUCCAUCACCUCGUCCCAUUCUCCCGCUUUCCAUCUCCCCGCCCCAUUCUCCCGCUUUCCAUCACCCUGCCCCAGUCUCCCGCUUUCCAUCACCCCGCCCCAUUCUUCCGCUUCCCAUCAUCCCGCCCCGUUCCCCCGCUUUCCAUCACCCCUCCCCAUUCUCCCUCCUUCCAUCACCCCGCCCUAUUCUCCCGCUUUCCAUCACCCGCCCCAUUCUCCUGCUUUCCAUCACCUCGCCCCAUUCUCCCGCUUUCCAUCACCCCGCCCCAUUCUUCUGCCCUCCAUCACCCUGCCCCAUUCUCCCGCUUUCCAUCACCCCGCACCAUUCACCCGCUUUCCAUCACCCGCCCCAUCUCCCGCUUUCCAUCACCCCGCCCCAUUCUCCCGCUCUCCACCAACCCCGCCCCAUUCUCCCGCUUUUCAUCACCCCGCCCCAUUCUCCCGCUUUCCAACACCCCUCCCCAUUCUCCCGCUUUCCAUCACCCCGCCCCAUUCUCCCGCUUUCCAUCACCCCGCCCCAUUGUCCCGCUUUCCAUCACUCCGCCCCAUUCUCCCGCUUUCCAUCACCCCGCCCCAUUCUCCCGCUUUCCAUCACCCCGCCCCAUUCACCCUCCUUCCAUCACCCUGCCUCAUUCUCCCUCCUUCCAUCACCCCGCCCUAUUCUCCCGCUUUCCAUCACCCCGCCCCAUUCUCCCGCUUUCCAUCACCCAGCCCCAUUCUCCCGCUUUCCAUCACCCCGCCCCAUUUUCCCGCUUUCCAUCACCCCGCCCCAUUCUCCCGCUUUCCAUCACCCCGCCCCAUUCUCCCGCUUUCCAUCACCCCGCCCCAUUCUCCCGCUUUCCAUCACCCCGCCCCAUUCUCCCUCCUUCCAUCACCCCGCCCCAUUCUCCCGCUUUCCAUCACCCCGCCCCAUUCUCCCUCCUUCCAUCACCCCGCCCAAUUCUCCCUCCUCCCAUCACCCUACCCCAUUCUCCCGCUUUCCAUCACCCUGCCCCAUUCUCCCGCUUCCCAUAACCCUACCCCAUUCUCCCGCUUUCCAUCACCCCGCCACAUUCUCCCACUUUCCAUCACCCCGCCCACUUCUCUCUCCUUCCAUCACCCUGCCCCAUUCUCCCGCUUUCCAUCACCCCGCCCCAUUUUCCCGUUUUCCAUCACCCCGCCCCAUUCUCCUGCUUUCCAUCACCCCGCCCCAUUCUCCCGCUUUCCACCACCCCGACUCAUUCUCCCGCUUUCCAUCACCCCGCCCCAUUCUCCCGCUUUCCAUCACCCCACCCCAUCCUCCCACCUUCUAUCACCCCGCCCCAUUCUCCCUCCUUCCAUCACCCCGCCCCAUUCUCUCGCUUUCCAUCACCCCGCCCCAUUCUCCCGCUUUCCAUCACCCCGCCCCAUUCCCCUGCUUUCCAUCACCCUGCCCCAUUCUCCCGCUUUCCAUCACCCCGCCCCCCCCAUCUCGCGCUUUCCAUCACCCCGCCACAUUCUCCCACUUUCCAUCACCCCGCCCCAUUCUCCCUCCUUCCAUCACCCCGCCCCAUUCUCCCUCCUUCCAUCACCCCGCCCCAUUCUCCCGCUUUCCAUCUCCCCGCCCCAUUCUCCCGCUUUCCAUCACCCUGCCCCAUUCUCCCGCUUUCCAUCACCCCGCCCCAUUCUUCCGCUUCCCAUCAUUCCGCCCCAUUCCCCCGCUUUCCAUCACCCCUCCCCAUUCUCCCUCCUUCCAUCACCCCGCCCCAUUCUCCCGCUUUCCAUCACCCGCCCCAUUCUCCUGCUUUCCAUCACCUCGCCCCAUUCUCCCAGUUUCCAUCACCCCGCCCCAUUCUUCUGCUUUCCAUCACCCCGCCCCAUUCUCCCGCUUUCCAUCACCCCACACCAUUCACCCGCUUUCCAUCACCCACCCCAUCUCCCGCUUUCCAUCACCCCCCCGGCCCAUUCUCCCUCCUUCCAUCACCCUGCCUCAUUCUCCCUCCUUCCAUCGCCCCGCCCCAUGCUCCCGCUUUCCAUCACCCCGCCCCAUUCUCCCGCUUUCCAUCACCCAGCCCCAUUAUCCCGCUUUCCAUCACCCCGCCCCAUUUUCCCGCUUUCCAUCACCCCGCCCCAUUCUCCCGCUUUCCAUCACCCUUCCCCAAUCCCCCGCUUUCCAUCACCCCGCCCCGUUCUCCCGCUUUCCAUCACCCCACCCCAUUCUCCCUCCUUCCAUCACCCCGCCCCAUUUUCCCGCUUUCCAUCACCCCGCCCCAUUCUCCCUCCUUCCAUCACCCCGCCCCAUUUUCCCGCUUUCCAUCACCCUGCCCCUAUCUUCCGCUUUCCAUCACUCCGCCCCAUUCUCCCUCCUUCCAUCACCCCGCCCCAUUCUCCCGCUUUCCAUCACCCCGCCCCAUUCUCCCGCUUUCCAUCACCCCGCCCCAUUCUCCCGCUUUCCAUCACCCCGCCCCAUUCUCCCGCUUUCCAUCACCCCGCCCCAUUCUCCCGCUUUCCAUCACCCCGCCCCAUUCUCCCUCCUUCCAUCACCCCGCCCUAUUCUCCCGCUUUCUAUCACCCCGCCCCAUUCUCCCUCCUUCCAUCACCCCGCCCCAUUCUCCCUCCUUCCAUCACCCCGCCCCAUUCUCCCGCUUUCCAUCACCCCGCCCCAUUCUCCUGCUUCCCAUAACCCCACCCCAUUCUCCCGCUUUCCAUCACCUCGCCACAUUCUCCCGCUUUCCAUCACCCCGCCCCAUUCUCCUUCCUUCCAUCACCCCGCCCCAUUCUCCCUCCUUCCAUCACCCCGCCCCAUUCUCCCGCUUUCCAUCAGCCCGCCCCAUUCUCCCGCUUUCCAUCACCCCGCCCCAUUCUUCCGCUUUCCAUCACCCCGCCCCAUUCUCCCGCUUUCCAUGACCACGCCCCAUUCUCCCGCUUUCCAUCACCCCUCCCCCCCUUCUCCCUCCUUCCAUCACCCCGCCCCAUUCUCCCUCCUUCCAUCACCCCGCCCCAUUCUCCCGCUUUCCAUCAGCCCGCCCCAUUCUUCCGCUUUCCAUCACCCCGCCCCUUUCUCCCGCUUUCCAUUUCCCCGUCCCAUUCUCCCGCUUUCCAUCACCCAGCCCCAUUCUCCCGCUUUCCAUCACCCCGCCCCAUUCUUCCGCUUCCCAUCAUCCCGCCCCAUUCCCCCGCUUUCCAUCACCCCCGCCCCAUUCUCCCGCUUUCCAUCAGCCCGCCCCAUUCUCCCGCUUUCCAUCACCCCGCCCCUUUCUCCCGCUUUCCAUCACCCCGCCCCAUUCUCCCGCUUUCCAUCACCCCGCCCCAUUCUCCCGCUUUCCAUCACCCUUCUCCCUCCUUCCAUCACCCCGCCCCAUUCUCCCUCCUUCCAUCACCCCGCCCCAUUCUCCCGCUUUCCAUCAGCCCGCCCCAUUCUCCCGCUUUCCAUCACCCCGCCCCUUUCUCCCGCUUUCAAUCUCCCCGCCCCAUUCUCCCGCUUUCCAUCACCCCGCCUCAUUCUCCCGCUUUCCAUCACCCCGCCCCAUUCUUCCGCUUCCCAUCAUCCCGCCCCCUUCCCCCGCUUUCCAUCACCCUUCCCCAUUCUCCCUCCUUCCAUCACCCCGCCCCAUUCUCCCGCUUUCCAUCACCCGCCCCAUUCUCCCACUUUCCAUCACCCCGCCCCAUUCUCCCUCCUUCCAUCACCCCGCCUCAUUCUCCCUCCUUCCAUCACCCCGCCACAUUCUUCCGCUUUCCAUCACCCCGCCCCAUUCUUCCGCUUUCCAUCACCCCGCCCCAUUCACCCACUUUCCAUCACCCGCCCCAUUUUCCCGCUUUCCAUCACCCCGCCCCAUUCUCCCGCUUUCCAUCAACCCGCCCCAUUCUCCCGCUUUUUAUCACCCCGCCCCAUUCUCCCGCUUUCCAACACCCCGCCCCAUUCUCCCGCUUUCCAUCACCCCGCCCCAUUCUCCCGCUUUCCAUCACUCCGCCCCAUUCUCCCGCUUUCCAUCACCCCGCCCCAUUCUCCCACUUUCCAUCACCCCGCCCCAUUCUCCCUCCUUCCAUCACCCCGCCUCAUUCUCCCUCCUUCCAUCACCCUGCCCCAUUCUCCCUCUUUCCAUCACCCCGCCCCAUUCUCUCGCUUUCCAUCACCCAGCCCCAUUCUCCCGCUUUCCAUCACCCCGCCCCAUUUUCCCGCUUUCCAUCACCCCGCCCCAUUCUCCAGCUUUCCAUCACCCUGCCCCAAUCUCCCGCUUUCCAUCACCCCGCCCCAUUCUCCCUCCUUCCAUCACCCCGCCGCAUUCUCCCGCUUUCCAUCACCCCGCCCCAUUCUCCCGCUUUCCAUCACCCAGCCCCAUUCUCCCGCUUUCCAUCACCCCGCCCCAUUCUCACUCCUUCCAUCACCCCGCCCCAUUCUCCCGCUUUCCAUCAACCCGCCCAAUUCUCCCGCUUUCCAUCUCCCCGCCCCAUUCUCCCGCUUUCCAUCUCCCCGCCCCUUUCUCCCGCUUUCCAUCACCCUGCCCCAUUCUCCCGCUUUCCAUCACCCCGCCUCAUUCUCCCACUUUCCAUCACCCCGCCCCAUUCUCCCUCCUUCCAUAACCCCAGCCCCAUCUCCCGCUUCCCAUAACCCCAGCCCCUUUCUCCCGCUUUCCAUCACCCUGCCCCAUUCUCCCGCUUUCCAUCACCCCGCCUCAUUCUCCCGCUUUCCAUCACCUCGCCCCAUUCUCACUCCUUCCAUCACCCCGCCACAUUCUCCCUCCUUCCAUCACCCCGCCCCAUUCUCCCGCUUUCCAUCACCCCGCCCCAUUCUCCCGCUUCCCAUAACCCCACCCCAUUCUCCCACUUUCCAUCACCCCGCCACAUUGUCCUGCUUUCUAUCACCCCGCCCCAUUCUCCCUCCUUCCAUCACCCCACCCCAUUCUCCUGCUUUCCAUCACCCCGCCCCAUUCUCCCGAUUUCCAUCAACCCGCCCCAUUCUCCCGCUUUCCAUCACCCCGCCCCAUUCUCCCGCUUUCCAUCAUCCCACCCCAUUCUCCCUCCUUCCAUCACACCGCCCCAUUCUCCCGCUUUCCAUCACCCCGCCCCAUUCUCCCGCUUUCCAUCACCCCGCCCCAUUCUCCCAUCACCCCGCCCCAUUCUCCCGCUUUCCAUCACCACGCCCCAUUCUCCCGCUUUCCAUCACCCCGCCCCAUUCUCCCGCUUUCCAUCACUCCGCCCCAUUCUCCCGCUUUCCAUCACCCCGCCCCAUUCUCCUUCCUUCCAUCACCCCGCCCCAUUCUCCCUCCUUCCAUCACCCCGCCCCAUUCUCCCGCUUUCCAUCAGACCGCCCCAUUCUCCCGCUUUCCAUCACCCCGCCCCAUUCUCCCGCGUUCCAUCACCCCGCCCCAUUCUCCCGCUUUCCAUCACCACGCCCCAUUCUCCCGCUUUCCAUCACCCCCCCCCCCCUUCUCCCUCCUUCCAUCACCCCGCCCCAUUCUCCCUCCUUCCAUCACCCCGCCCCAUUCUCCCGCUUUCCAUCAGCCCGCCCCAUUCUUCCGCUUUCCAUCACCCCGCCCCUUUCUCCCGCUUUCCAUCUCCCCGCCCCAUUCUCCCGCUUUCCAUCACCCCGCCCCAUUCUCCCGCUUUCCAUCACCCCGCCCCAUUCUUCCGCUUCCCAUCAUCCCGCCCCAUUCCCCCGCUUUCCAUCACCCCCGCCCCAUUCUCCCGCUUUCCAUCAGCCCGCCCCAUUCUCCCGCUUUCCAUCACCCCGCCCCAUUCUCCCACUUUCCAUCACCCCGCCCCAUUCUCCCGCUUUCCAUCACCCCGCCCCAUUCUCCCGCUUUCCAUCACCCCGCCCCCUUCUCCCUCCUUCCAUCACCCCGCCCCAUUCUCCCUCCUUCCAUCACCCCGCCCCAUUCUCCCGCUUUCCAUCACCGCGCCCCAUUCUUCCGCUUCCCAUCAUCCCGCCCCAUUCCCCCGCUUUCCAUCACCCCUCCCCAUUCUCCCUCCUUCCAUCACCCCGCCCCAUUCUCCCGCUCUCCAUCACCCCGCCCCAUUCUCCCACUUUCCAUCACCCCGCCCCAUUCUCCCGCUUUCCAUCACCCCGCCCCAUUCUCCCGCUUUCCAUCACCCCGCCCCUUUCUCCCGCUUUCAAUCUCCCCGCCCCAUUCUCCCGCUUUCCAUCACCCCGCCCCAUUCUCCCGCUUUCCAUCACCCCUCCCCUUUCUCCCUCCUUCCAUCACCCCGCCCCAUUCUCCCGCUUUCCAUCACCCUCCCCAUUCUCCCGCUUUCCCGCCACAUUCUUCCGCUUUCCAUCAACCCGCCCCAUUCUCCCGCUUUCCAUCACCCCGCCCCAUUCACCCACUUUCCAUCACCUGCCCCAUUCUUCCGCUUUCCAUCACUCCGCCCCAUUCUCCCGCUUUCCAUCAACCCGCCCCAUUCACGUGGACCUGGUCGUGGACCUGGUCGUGGUCGUGGACCUGGUCGUGGACGUGGACCUGGUCGUGGACGUGGACGUGGACGUGGACGUGGACGUGGACGUGGACAUGGACGUGGACGUGGACGUGGACGUGGACGUGGACAAGGACAUGGACGUGGACGUGGAUGUGGACGUGGACGUGGACGUGGACAUGGACGUGGACGUGGACGUGGACGUGGAGGACUUGGAGGUGGACAUGGACGUGGACGUGGACGUAGACGUGGACGUGGACGUGGACAUGGACGUGGACGUGGACGUGGACGUGGAAAGGGACAUGGACGUGGACAUGGACAUGGAAGUGGACAUGGAGAUGGACGUGGACGUGGACGUGGACGUGGACGUGGACGUGGACGUGGACAUGGUCGUGGACGUGGACGUGGACGUGGACGUGGACGUGGACAUGGACGUGGACUUGGAUGUGGAGGACGUGGACAUGGACGUGGACGUUGACGUGGACGUGGACCUGGACGUGGACGUGGAGAUGGACGUGGAAGUGGACAUGGACGUGGACGUGGACUUGGACGUGGACGUGGACGUGGACAUGGACGUGGACGUGGACGUGGAGAUGGUCGUGGACGUGGACAUCGACGUGGACGUGGACGUGGACAUGGACGUGGACGUGGACGUGGACGUGGACGUGGACGUGGUCGUGGACGUGGUCGACGUGGACAUGGACGUGGACGUUGACAUGGACGUGGACGUGGACGUGGACGUGGACGUGGACGUGGACGUGGACGUGGACGUAGACUUGGACGUGGACGUGGACGUGGACGUGGACGUGGACGUGGACGUGGACGUGGACGCGGACGUGGUCGUGGACGUGGUCAUGGACGUGGACGUGGAGGUGGACGUGGACGUGGAGGUGGACGUGGACGUGGACGUAGACGUGGACGUGGACGUGGACGUGGACGUGGACGUGGACGUGGACGUGGACGUGGACGUGGACGUGGACGUGGACCUGGUCGUGGACGUGGACGUGGACGUGGACGUGGACGUGGACGUAGACGUGGAGGACGUGGACGUGGACGUGGACGUGGACGUGGACGUGGACGUAGACGUGGAGGACGUGGACGUGGAUGUUGACGUGGAGAAGGACGUGGACGUGGAUGUUGACGUGGAGAUGGACGUGAACAUGGACGUGGACGUGGACGUAGACUUGGACGUGGACGUGGACGUGGACGUGGACGUGGACGUGGACAUGGACGUGGACGUGGACGUGGACGUGGACGUGGACGUGGACGUGGACAAGGACCUGGACGUGGACGUGGACGUGGACGUGGACAUGGUCAUGGACGUGGACGUGGACGUGGACGUGGACGUGGACGUGGACAUGGACGUGGAGGACGUGGACAUGGACGUGGACGUUGACGUGGACGUGGACGUGGACGUGGAGAUGGACGUGGACGUGGACGUGGACGUGGACGUAGACUUGGACGUGGACGUGGACGUGGACGUGGACGUGGAUGUGGACGUGGAGAUGGACGUGGACAUGGACGUGGACGUGGACGUAGACUUGGACGUGGACGUGGACGUGGACGUGGACGUGGACGUGGUCGUGGACGUGGACGUGGACCUGGACGUGGACGUGGACGUGGACGUGGACGUGGACGACGUGGACAUGGACGUGGACGUUGACGUGGACGUGGACGUGGACGUGGAGAUGGACGUGGACGUGGACGUGGACGUAGACUUGGACGUGGACGUGAACGUGGACGUGGACGUGGACAUGGACGUGGACGUGGACGUGGACGUGGACGUGGACGUGGACGUGGACGUGGACCUGGACGUGGACGUGGACGUGGACGUGGACGUGGUCGUGGACGUGGACGUGGACGUGGACGUGGACGUGGACGUGGACGUGGUCGUGGACGUGGAGAAGGACGUGGACGUGGACGUGGACGUGGACGUGGACGUGGACGUGGACGUGGACCUGGACGUGGACGUGGACGUGGACGUGGACGUGGACGUGGACGUGGACGUGGACGUGGACGUGGACGUGGACGUGGACGUGGACGUGGACGUGGACGUGGACGUGGACGUGGACGUGGACAUGGACGUGGACGUGGACGUGGACGUGGACGUGGACGUGGACAUGGACGUGGACAUGGACGUGGACGUUGACGUGGACGUGGACGUGGACGUGGAGAUGGACGUGGACGUGGACGUGGACGUGGACGUAGACUUGGACGUAGACGUGGACGUGGACGUGGACGUGGAUGUGGACGUGGAGAUGGACGUGGACAUGGACGUGGACGUGGACGUAGACUUGGACGUGGACAUGGACGUGGACGUGGACGUGGACGUGGACGUGGUCGUGGACGUGGACGUGGACCUGGACGUGGACGUGGACGUGGACGUGGACAUGGUCGUGGACGUGGACGUGGACGUGGACGUGGACGUGGACGUGGAGGACGUGGACGUGGACGUGGUGGAGGACGUGGACGUGGACGUGGACGUGGACGUGGACGUAGACGUGGAGGACGUGGACAUGGACGUGGACGUGGACGUGGACGUAGACGUGGACGUGGACGUGGACGUGGACGUGGACGUGGACGUAGACGUGGACGUGGACGUGGACGUGGACGUGGACGUGGACGUGGACGUGGACGUGGACGUGGACGUGGACUUGGACGUGGACGUGGACGUGGACGUGGACGUGGACGUGGUGGACGUGGACAUGGACGUGGACGUGGACGUGGACGACUUGGAGGUGGACAUGGACGUGGACGUGGACGUGGACGACUUGGAGGUGGACAUGGACGUGGACGUGGACGUGGACGUGGACGUGGACAUGGACGUUGACCUGGACGUGGACAUGGACGUGGACGUGGACAUGGACGUGGACGUGGACGUGGACGUGGACGUGGACGUGGACGUGGACGUUGACGUGGACGUGGACGUGGACGUGGACGUGGACGUGGACGUUGACGUGGACGUGGACGUGGACGUGGACGUGGACGUGGACGUGGACGUGAACGUGGACCUGGUCGUGGACGUGGACGUGGACGUGGACGUGGACGUGGAGGUGGAGGACGUGGACCUGGACGUGGACAUGGACGUGGACGUGGACGUGGACGUUGACGUGGACGUGGACGUGGACGUGGACGUGGACAUGGACGUGGACAUAGACGUGGACAUGGACGUGGACGUGGACGUGGACGUGGACGUGGACGUGGACAUGGACGUGGACGUGGACGUGGACAUGGACGUGGACAUCGACGUGGACGUGGACGUGGACGUGGACGUGGACGUGGACAUGGACGUGGACGUGGACGUGGAGGACUUGGAGGUGGACAUGGACGUGGACGUGGACGUGGACGUGGACGUGGACGUGGACGUGGACGUGGACAUGGACAUGGUCGUGGACGUGGACAUGGACGUGGACGUGGACAUGGACGUGGACGUGGACGUGGACGUGGACAUGGACGUGGACGUGGACGUGGACUUGGAGGACGUGGACAUGGACGUGGACGUGGACGUGGACGUGGACGUGAACGUGGACGUGGUCGUGGACGUGGACGUGGACGUGGACAUGGACGUGGACGUGGACAUGGACGUGGACGUUGACGUGGACGUGGACGUGGACAUGGACGUGGAGGUGGACGUGGAGGUGGACAUGGAGGUGGACAUGGACGUGGACGUGGACGUGGACGUGGACGUGGACGUGGACGUGGACAUGGACGUGGACGUGGACAUGGACGUGGACGUGGACGUGGACGUGGACGUGGACGUGGACGUGGACGUGGACGUGGACGUGGACGUGGACGUGGACGUGGACGUGGACGUGGACGUGGACGUGGACGUGGACGUGGACGUGGACGUGGACCUGGACGUGGACGUGGACGUGGACGUGGACCUGGACGUGGUCGUGGACGUGGACGUGGACGUGGACGUGGACGUGGACGUGGACGUGGACGUGGACGUGGACGUGGACGUGGACGUGGACGUGGACGUGGACGUGGACGUGGACGUGGACGUGGACGUGGACGUGGACGUGGAGGUGGACGUGGACGUGGAGGUGGACGUGGACGUGGACGUGGAGGUGGACGUGGACGUGGACGUAGACUUGGACGUGGACGUGGACGUGGACGUGGACGUGGACGUGGACGUGGUCGUGGACGUGGACGUGGACCUGGACGUGGACGUGGACGUGGAGGACGUGGACGUGGACGUGGACGUGGACGUGGACGUAGACGUGGAGGACGUGGACAUGGACGUGGACGUGGACGUGGACGUAGACGUGGACGUGGACGUGGACGUGGACGUGGACGUGGACGUAGACGUGGACGUGGACGUGGACGUGGACGUGGACGUGGACGUGGACGUGGACGUGGACGUGGACGUGGACUUGGACGUGGACGUGGACGUGGACGUGGACGUGGACGUGGUGGACGUGGACAUGGACGUGGACGUGGACGUGGACGACUUGGAGGUGGACAUGGACGUGGACGUGGACGUGGACGUGGACGUGGACAUGGACGUGGACAUGGACAUGGACAUGGACGUGGACGUGGACAUGGACGUGGACGUGGACGUGGACGUGGACGUGGACGUGGACGUGGACGUUGACGUGGACGUGGACGUGGACGUGGACGUGGACGUGGACGUGGACGUGAACGUGGACCUGGUCGUGGACGUGGACGUGGACGUGGACGUGGACGUGGAGGUGGAGGACGUGGACCUGGACGUGGACAUGGACGUGGACGUGGACGUGGACGUUGACGUGGACGUGGACGUGGACGUGGACAUGGACGUGGACAUAGACGUGGACAUGGACGUGGACGUGGACGUGGACGUGGACGUGGACGUGGACAUGGACGUGGACGUGGACGUGGACAUGGACGUGGACAUCGACGUGGACGUGGACGUGGACGUGGACGUGGACAUGGACGUGGACGUGGACGUGGAGGACUUGGAGGUGGACAUGGACGUGGACGUGGACGUGGACGUGGACGUGGACAUGGACGUGGACGUGGACGUGGACGUGGACGUGGACAUGGACGUGUACAUGGUCGUGGACGUGGACAUGGACGUGGACGUGGACAUGGACGUGGACGUGGACGUGGACGUGGACAUGGACGUGGACGUGGACGUGGACUUGGAGGACGUGGACAUGGACGUGGACGUGGACGUGGACGUGGACGUGAACGUGGACAUGGUCGUGGACGUGGACGUGGACGUGGACAUGGACGUGGACGUGGACAUGGACGUGGACGUUGACGUGGACGUGGACGUGGACAUGGACGUGGAGGUGGACGUGGAGGUGGACAUGGAGGUGGACAUGGACGUGGACGUGGACGUGGACGUGGACGUGGACGUGGACGUGGACGUGGACAUGGACGUGGACGUGGACAUGGACGUGGACGUGGACAUGGACGUGGACGUGGACGUGGACGUGGACGUGGACGUGGACGUGGACGUGGACCUGGACGUGGACGUGGACGUGGACAUGGACCUGGUCGUGGACGUGGACGUGGACGUGGACGUGGACGUGGGCGUGGACGUGGACGUGGACGUGGACGUGGACGUGGACGUGGACGUGGAGGACGUAGACAUGGACGUGGACGUGGACGUGGAUGUGGACAUGGACGUGGACAUGGAGGUGGACAUGGACGUGGACAUGGACGUGGAGGUGGACAUGGAGGUGGACAUGGACGUGGACGUAGACGUAGACGUAGACGUGGACGUGGACGUGGACAUGGACGUGGACGUGGACGUGGACGUGGACGUGGACGUGGACGUGGACGUAGACGUGGACGUGGACGUGGACGUGGACGUGGGCGUGGACGUGGGCGUGGACGUGGUCGUGGACGUGGACGUGGUCGUGGACGUGGUCGUGGACGUGGACAUGGACGUGGACGUGGACGUGGUCGUGGACGUGGACGUAGACGUGGACGUGGACGUGGACGUGGACAUGGACGUGGACAUGGACGUGGACGUGGACGUGGAGGUGGACGUGGACGUGGACAUGGACGUGGAGGUGGACGACGUGGACGUGGACAUGGACGUGGACGUGGACGUGGACGUGGACGUGGACGUGGACCUGGUCGUGGACGUGGUCGUGGACGUGGACGUGGACGUGGAGGACUUGGAGGUGGACGUGGACGAGGACUUGGACGUGGACGUGGACGUGGACGUGGACGUGGACGUGGAAGUGGACAUGGACGUGGACAUGGACUAG